AUGGCAGCACCUACGACAUCCGAGCCUAUCGUGAACCUCCCGACGACGCAAUUUGAAUCUCAGGUCGCAGAGCCACUGGGGAUAACUCUUCUAGUUCGUCAUCUUCCCGAUGGAAUUCCUCAUGAUAUCGUCUCUCGGCUAUUUUCUCAAUACGGAGCUUCUACAGUUCGUCCUUGCUCUUCUGGUGGAAGAUUGAGGAACGCUGCAUUUGUGGAUUUCAAGAAUGAAGCUUUUGCUUCUCAAGCAUAUCGCCAGUUAAACGGGCUGAGGUUUCUUGGUAAGGUUCUACAAGUACAGAGAGCCAAUAAACCUGUUGAGAACAAGAAGUCUCGGCAAAAUGAAGAAUCUUCCAAAGAUGGUCACUACUCAUUCUCUACAGUUAGCAGCAGCAGCAAUGAUUCAAACUCAGGGCAGAUACUUGCUGGUGAACCUAUAGCUCCGAAACUCGGCAUCAACUAUCCGUUUCCUCCUCACCUUCAAUAUGCUUACCCACCACCCGAUGCAAAUAUACUAGCCAACAUUACUAAUGCCCUUAUCGCUGUCCCACCGUUAUACACCCAGGUGUUGCAUCUGAUGAACAAAAUGAAUCUUCCACCUCCUUUUCGUCUGGCCCUGCCCAUACCACCUCUACCUAAAGCAGCUCCCCAACCAACUGAGUUGGAGCAUCCAUCUAGUAGCGAGUCAGAGAUGGAAUCUGAUGAGGAUACAGGUAAAUCAAAAUCCGGAAGGAAGCGUGCUAGGCAUGAAACUGCUGUUGGUCCUGGUACGGACAAGGAUGUGACACAUGAGACUGUUGGAGUGAAGCCCUCCUCCUUGACCCCAAAGGAGAUCCCUCGAAUAAGAAAGAAUAAACAUGUUAUGCAGAUCAAGAUUGCGCCAAAAGUUGGUCAAGACGAAAACAGAAAGGAUGUUGAGAAUGAUGGCCCUGCAGAAGAGAUCAUGGAAGAAAGUUCAGAUUUGAAACCCUUUGCGAGUUUAGAGGAGUUGGAGAAAGGAAGGUUGUCUCCACAUGAUAUUCUUUCACUGCCUAUGUUCAAGAACUACACAGCUGGGAAUCCAUCGCUUGUGCUGUAUAUCAAAAACCUUGCCAAAGAUGUUACUGUUGAUGAUUUCUAUUACAUAUUUGGGUCACAAUUUGGAAGCAUCGAAGCAGCUAAAUCCAGUCUUGGCGUGAGGCUGAUGCAGGAAGGGAGGAUGAGAGGGCAAGCUUUUUUGACAUUUCCAUCUGUUGAAGUGGCACAUCGUUCUCUGAAUCUUGUAAAUGGCUUUGUGUUCAAAGGAAAACCAAUGAUAAUCCAGUUUGGCAGAAAUCCUGGAGCAGCCAAGCCAAACGAAUGA